AUGCUCGCCCGAACGUUGCGUUGUUGCAGCGCCGUUCCCAAAGUCCCCCGGGGCAUGAUGGAGGUGCGAGCACGCCGAGCGUUUGCAGUUGCAUCUACCGUGUUGGCCGGUGCACUGCUAGUGUUUCCCACACCUACGGCCGUGGCAAAGACGUUUGCCCAACCAUCGCCAGUCAUGGAGGUAGACCCGGAAUACCCGGGAACUGCUGUAGAACGUCUCAGGAACAUCCAGGCGCGGGUGAAAAGCUUGACGCCCGAGGACCUGAGCAAAGACUGGGAGGAGGUGCGCCGGAAGAUCUUGUGGGCCGGGGGCCUCAAGGAUCUUCCACGCAGUGUGCCUGGACAGGGCUACACAGGCCAUUCCUUUAACGAUGACAACCAUUGCGAUCUCACCCCCAUGCUGGGGGAGGUGGCGCACAAUCUCCAUGGUGGGGAGAUUCGUGGAAUAGCAAUGGGAAAUCGGCUAGGUCCUGGCAUUGAGAUUGCGAGUCUACCCGAGCUCGGCCCCGGCGGGUCUUGGAGUACUUGCACGAACGGCUGCCAUGUAGAGCCACCGCAGGAUGUGGCCCAUGUGCAGUUUAGGGCUCGGAUCGCCUUCAAGCUUGUGUGGACCCCGCCGCACUUCAGCAGCUUCGUUUUGGUGGAUGACAGUGGUGCAUACCUCAAUCACGGCUUUCCAACUGGCGCCCUGCCGGACUUGCGCUCCCGGGCUUCGAACUACAAUCUUGUGAAGGGGAGCAAGUAUGCACGUGAGGCGGAGGCUUUGGCCGAACGCUCCGCUGGCGCUUAG